ACCCAGUGGUCCAGUGAAGAAUUUUCCGUUUGACGAAAAGAUGUAAGGCCUAGUAUAAAGGUUUCAACGCUACUCAGCGGCCGGCUAGUAACCUAUCAAUGAGAUUUUUUUUUAACAUUGUGCAUAAUAUUAAAACGUACAAUGCAUAAAAUUAAACAUACUUUCACUCGAUGUCGUAACCUAAAUCGCAGCACGUGAUAUUCAUUUCUGUUAGUAAAACAAACAUCCGCAAAUCCAUGCGACUCAUGCAAGGACGAUAACACAGAACAGAGUCAAUAAACUAUCAAUCAAUCAACCGGUGUUUUCGAUACUUACAUUGAUUUCCCCUAUCCGUGAAGAAUCGAACCCGUUUGCCGGCUUGAUAGAAAACAGGAGGCCCAACUCAACCCCUUCGUGAUUAAGUUUUGGUUUAUUAUGGGACAUCAAUUUGCAACUAUACAUUAUGAUAGUGGGUGCUGUUUCGGAUCAGGGCUGGCUGGUUGUAAACGGGAAUCUACCAGCCCACAAACAAUGGAUCCCAUAAUAGCCAAUUCGGUUGGGCGCACUCCUUACAACCCUUACAGCAUGGCAAUAAAUAAGCCAUAAAAGAAAAUUCGUUUAGCCCUUGUUCCGUUUGUCCGAGGGCUGGGGUGAAGGGCUGCUGGCUGGGGACAAGGCUGGGAAUUCAUUCUUAAGAAUAACCUUAACCAACCAACCAACCAACAACCACUCGAUGGAGAAAUUCGCUCGGUUCUUCCGGUUUGGAAAUAAAGUUUCUGCAAAACCAAUCAGUCAGUUGGUUUGCGCUGACGGGAACAGUUCGCAGUAGUUUAGUGGAGAUUGGAAAGACCUUUCAAGCGGGCAAUUACCUACUUCAAAAACCGAAAGUUGUUGAAUCAUUGAAGUAUACCUAAGUGUUUUAGUGCAAAUGGAUAACAUCGAAUUCAAGCGACUGUUGGAAAGAGAAGGGCGAAAGGAAUACCAGUUGAUAUUAAGGCGGUGUAAUGAGUUUGGCUUCGACUACGUCAUCAAGCGACCACCACAGGCCAAGAUAUGUUUCGGAUCCACCAUCCAGAGAGAGGCGGUUCCCCUCAAAGGACCCGCUUGCAGCUCCAUUAUGCGACGCACCAUGCCCGAAAUGGCCGGAGAGAAUCUGGCCCCGGGAUCGUACAACAUAACGUACUAUGACAAACCGUCUCAUCCGGUGCUGCAGAAGGUUUGCAGCAGCCGAGGCUACGGAUCGCUGUCUGCUACCACGAUUCGGUUCAAAUUCGACGAAGUUAGCAGCACUCCGGGUAUGGGAGAAUACGAUACGACCAAGGUGAAACCGUUGAGACCCUCCAGUUACCCGUUUGGGGUGAAAGUUCCACGAUGGAAGGAGAAACCCAGCCCAGCUGUGCCAGGACCCGGAACCUACUGCUGCAAGCAAAGAAAAGACAUCCGGCUGCAAUCAUUUGGGGGUAAAAUCAAAAUCAUUCCAGCAACGAUGACAAUCUGCAAGACGGACAACUUCGACAAGUGCUACCGGUGUGAUCAGACACCGCAGGUGGACUAUUGGAAACACUUCAAGAGCGAGCGUAGUCUCUGUCGGAGGUGCAUGGAGAAGGAGAUCGACGACGCCAAGUACCGGUCGAAAACGAAGUCCGUCAUGAUGAAACGGUUGGCGACUCUCAAGGAGUUUCAGCGAAUACGUCACUGUUCCUACUAUCACAAGCAUGACCAUACGACGGCGGCAAUUCAGUUUGUAAGCAAUCGUGACUUGAAGCGAAAAUUUAGAAUCGAAAAUUAUCUGUCGAUGUAUGAAUAAACUGAGUACAUGAUUCAACAAAAUGUU